GAUCCAAUCCGGUUUCAGCUAGUUUGUGUUCCGAUAGGACAUUAAUGCUUGCUUCAGUGUUUCCUAGACCCGGUUCUUACACUUUACUUAUCAGCGCGUAAGCUGUUUUAAUUGAUUUCCUUUUUGUUCUGAAAGCAUACAAGAUUUACGCAGCCAUGCCUAAAAGGAGCAAAGCUAACAAUGACACUGAAGCAGCUGGGCCCAAGAGGCGGUCUGAGAGACUUCAAGGUAAACCCCAAACACCAAAGUCUGGGCCCAAGCCAAAAGUGAAGAAGGCACCUGCAAAGGGCAAGGAGGUAGAAAAGGCCAAACCAGAGGAGAAGAAAGAGGACGCAAAGCCAGAGACUGAGUCUGAGGAGAAAACUCCUGCGGAGAACGGAGAGACCAAAGAUGAGGGGGACAAUGAUGAAGCAGGAGGCGAGGAGGAACAGGCCGACUAGAAAGAGGGAGCUGCUAAAUAACAUUUCACCAGAGCUCCCAUACCUCUUUUCUUGUACAAUACAGAGGAAUAUUUUUAUUGACUAUUUUCUAAAAAGCAGUUUUUUUAGUAGUUCAAUAUUAGAAGCUCAUUUUAUAGACAACGUUCAAGAGAAAAACCUUAGAAGAGGGAUUCCAUCUUUUCCCACUCCCAAUUUUUCCUGAAGGAGAUUUGCAGUCAUGAAACAACUUCCUCUUAUUAUUAUUAUUAUUAUUAUUGUUUUGUUUUUUUCUCUUUCGUUUUUACAAAAAGGGAGGGGAGUGUAACGGGUUGAGACAGAUAAUGUGAUCGUGCCAUUUUUAAAGAUUAAAAAAAUUAAAUUUCUUCAGUCUUUCGAUUGAAACUGCGAGAGUUUGCCUGAGACACUAACAUUCCAUAGGCAAUAUGAGGGACACCUGUAUGUAGACUGUAUUGUAUGGGAAGGGGGUUCUGUAAGAAAAUGCUUUGUUUUAUUGUUUCUGGGGGGUUGGGAUUGAUUGUAAGCUGUAUUCUAUGAAUUGAAACCUCUUUAUUCAAACUGUUUAAUGAAUCAACAGCUUUGAUUAACGAUCCUGCUCACUAGUACUGGAACACUCAUCGGCUGUGUGAUUUACAUUGACUUUUGUCUUUGUGUGGUGAUAGCAUUGCAAUGUUGUAUAGCUGCUGUGAAAAGGUUUUCAUAAUUUCUAUAUGCAGUAUGUGAUGGUACUUUAAGAGGAUGAAAAAUGGAAUUGUGCGUGUUAGCAAAGCUAAUAACAGCUGUGUUACAGUGUUAAACAUGCAGGUUAUACGAAAAAUGACUAAUUUCAUUCAUGUGAACAUGUCAGAAGUAGCUAUAUCACUCAAGGUUUUAGGUUAAAAGUAAACAUGUACAGUUUCUUUUUUUUUAAUUUCCUUUUUUUAUUUUUUUAUUUAGCUGUAUCUGUAAUGAUUGGUAUGGCAUACAAAUAAAUUGGUUGUAAUUUCACUUGA